AUGAUUCCCCUCCAGGCUCUCAGCGAGUUCGCCGAAUACGUCGAGAAGCAGCAGGCGCGCCGAGCACAUGUCGCUCCCAGCGACAGCGGGUACUCUACCGGCAGUGUCUCGCGCGAUCUCGAGGACCACGCCGAACUCGAGAUUCUAGACCAACUGGGACUGUCCGACACCCCGCGGACCAUCAAGCUCAAAGACCUCCUCCUUGGAACCGAAGAGGUAACCGAGGACAGCCUCCAGGAGCUGGCGGGUCUCUUGCAGACGCGCCUCGAUGAGGGUCAUGGGGAGACCAUCUUUGACCUCGGCCUCGAGGACGGCGGCGAGUCAAUGGGGUUCGACCAGGCUCAGUGGGAGACGGCAUUGCGGCGCCUGCGCGAGGCAGCCGAGACUCUUCCUGCGCAAUGCCGGAUCCUGCUCUCGUACAAUGUUGAAGGUGGUGAGGAGUCCCCGAUGAACCAGUCGCGCCUCAAAGAUGCCUGGGGCAAGGUGCUAGUCCGCCAGCAUGCCGAUACCGUGGAGGAGCUGGCGGAGGUGCGGGUCGCCGUGGUGGGGAAUGUCGACGCCGGCAAGAGUACCAUGCUCGGGGUUCUGGUGAAAGGCAGCCUCGACGAUGGUCGUGGUCGGGCUCGGGUUAACCUUUUCCGCCACAAACACGAGAUUGAGAGUGGGCGGACCAGUUCCGUGGGCAUGGAGAUCAUGGGAUUCGACAGCCGGGGUGAGGUUAUCAGCAAUGCUCAUGGCCGCAAGAUGUCCUGGGAGGAGAUCGGGAAGCGGUCGGCCAAGGUGAUCUCGUUCUCUGAUCUGGCCGGCCACGAGCGGUACCUGCGUACCACGGUCUUUGGCAUGCUGAGUAGCAGCCCCAGCUGCUGUUUGCUGAUGGUCGCUGCCAACAACGGUCUGAUUGGUAUGAGUCGCGAGCACCUGGGUAUUGCGCUCGCUCUCAAUGUCCCUGUGAUGGUGAUUGUGACCAAAAUCGAUAUUUGUCCGCCUCAGAUUCUACAGGAGACUCUCACGCAGUUGUCGAAGAUUCUCAAGUCACCGGGCGCUCGCAAGAUCCCCGUGUUUGUGAAGAACAUGGAGGAAACUAUCAACACGGCCACUCAGUUUGUCAGCCAGCGGAUCUGCCCUAUUUUUCAAGUCUCCAACGUUACUGGCGAGAACCUGGAGCUCGUCCGGACAUUCUUGAACAUCCUGCCGCACCGCGGCCAGUACGACCCAGAAGGACCAUUUGAGUUCCUCAUCAACGACACCUUUUCGGUGCCGCAUGCCGGUACGGUAGUGUCGGGUGUGGUUAAGUCCGGGGUGAUCCACGCGGGUGAUUCCGUCGUGGUCGGCCCGGACUCGCUGGGCCAGUUCACCACCACCACCAUCAAGACCAUUGAACGCAAGCGCAUCCCGGUGAACGCGUGUUUUGCGGGCCAGUCUGGGUCUUUUGCUCUGAAACGAGUUCGCCGGAAGGAAGUGCGCAAGGGCAUGGUGGUGCUGAAAAAGAUGGACCACCCGCCCAAGGUCUACCGAGAGUUUGUUGCGGAGGUCCUGAUCCUCUCUCACGCCACCACUAUCAAGCGCAAGUACCAAGCCAUGCUGCAUGUCGGAGCCAUCAGCCAAACAUGCUCCGUCAUUGACAUUGACCGGCCCUUUAUUCGAACUGGCGACCGUGCUGUCGUGGCAUUCCGGUUUAUCCAGCGGCCUGAGUUCCUAGCACCCGGUGACCGGGUACUCUUCCGUGAGGGCAAGACAAAGGGACUGGGGAUUGUAAAGAGCAUUGGCUACGAUCCCAACCACCCACUUGAUCCAACCAACAAGAGCGAGGCAGAAGCAGCCGGAUGA